AGUUAUAUAUGUAUCUCCUAAUGGAAUACUUGAGUUAAUCUCUUAUCACAAAAUGGAAACACUACUACCACCACCACCACCACCACCACCAUAUAUGCCUGAUCAGCAGCAGAUUGAAGAAGCACAACUCCCUUAUCCUGUGGUUGCAUCUGCUAAUAGUACUCCUCGGUAUACUUCGGGCUCAAUUGGGCCAUUCCUUGCAGUCAUCUCUUUUCUGGCUAUUCUUACAAUUCUUUCAUGUGUGUUCGGAAGCAUAUUUGUCGGCCGAGAUAACACACUGUCGGAAAGCAUUAACCAUGGCGACUAUUUUGGGUGGUUGAAGGGAAGAAGAUGGAGGCAGCACAUUGGUGGCAAUUGUGUUGGAGUUGGAGCCAUGGUUACGGUUGGGGAAAAAGGUGACAAUGAUGGGUAAGACUAAGGCUUGAGAUGGAAUAUACCAUCGAUCGAUACCACCUAAGUCUGUGCUUAACUUUUGGUUUAAUUUGUGUAUGGAAGCUGAGCCAGAUUAUAAAGUCAGACCUCCUUAGAUUUGGGUUAGACCACCUUUGUUGUUUGUAAAGGACCCUGUGCUUAAUGUUUGUUUCUUGUUUUCUGAACUUGUUUCUUGGUUAUAAGCUCAAUCCAACCUAGCAAAAAUUAAGUUAAUUAGCAGU